AUGACACCAGUCCAGAUAGAUGAAGUCUGCAAAUCAUCUCGAAACAUCCUGGCACCCAAGCGCCUUCAAUACACUCCUCCUCAUGCACCACAGCCCAUGAGGAAGGGCUUAGGACUCUCAGCCUAUGAACUGGAGCGUCUGGAGAACAUCAAGCAGAACCAAGCCUUCCUCUCCUCUAUCAAUCUGCCUCAGGCAUUCCAUGACUUAAAACAAUCAUCAGCAAAACGGCAGCUUCCUCAGAAGGGACUGAAAAGGUCAUCGCCAGUGGUGAAAGAAGUCCUCCCUCCUCGGAAGUCUCUGCGUCUCCAAAACAAAUCGCCUCUUCCCAGUUCAUUUCCAGAACUGAUGAAAAUAGAGAUUCCAGAACAGGCCUACUCCCAGCCUAAGAAGUCUGCGGGGCAGAUACCUAUGGAGCCCAUGAACAUGGAUGAAGGAAGCAAGCUACCACCUCAACUCAUACAACUUUUCUCAGAGGUGUCGUCACAAGAAAGAGGAGUGGAACUGGGACUGCAAGAGUAUAUCUCUACGCUGAAGAAGAUGACGAUAAGUGAGGACAAGAUAGCUAAAGUUGUGAAGAAGCGCAUUUAUUCAGCAGCUUUCCACCCUGCAUCCACUAGUCUGCUAAUGGCCGCCGGUGACAAAUUUGGAAAUGUGGGCCUCUGGAGUUUGGGUAGCAACUGGGGUGACGACGGUGUUCUCCUUUUUGAGCCUCACACCAGAGCCAUAGGCUGCCUGGCCUUUUCAAGAACACACCCCGCUCAGCUGCUGAGCCUGAGCUACGACGGAUCCCUGCGCUGCACGGAUGUAGAGAAAGGCGUCUUUGACGAUGUUUACGACAUUGAAGACGGCCUGAAAACCUUCGACUUCCUGACAGGUGACUAUUCGACGCUCGUGGUCGGGAACUGGUUCGGAGGCAUCGCCAUCGUGGAUCGGCGCACUCCAGGAAACUCACACGAAUCCUUCUACUCACUGGACUGCAAGGUUCUGCGCUGCGUCAGUGUUCACCCGUGCCAACGACAAUACUUUGCCGUGGCCGAGAGCAGGGAAGUGAACAUUUAUGACACGCGAUGUCUGAAGAAGACAAGAUGUCAACCCGUUUCCCAGCUGCGGGGUCAUUCUUUAAGCAUACCCAGUUGCUACUUCUCUCCAUGCACUGGCAACAGAGUGGUCACUUCAUGUAUGGACAACAACAUAAGGAUAUUUGACACAUCUGCAUUGACGGCUGAAGUCCCCCUGCUGACAUCCAUCCACCACAACAUGAGGACGGGCCGUUGGCUGUCCAAAUUGUCGGCCGUUUGGGACCCCAAGCGAGAGGACUGCCUUUUGGUUGGCAGUAUGGAAAAGCGACGUCAAGUAAUGGUGUUCCACGAGACCGGCCGUCCCUUGCACAAAUUUGUGGACGGCGAGCACCUCAACACGGUGCUGUCCGUCACCGCCUUCCACCCCGCCCGAAACGCCAUCUUGGGCGGCAAUGCGUCUGGACGACUGCACGUCUUCUCGGACUGA